AUGGCUUCUGUCCGCGCCAACUGCCGCAAGAUUAUGUGUAUCGGCCGUAACUAUGCUGAUCACAUUACAGAGCUCAACAACACAGCUCCCAAACAGCCAUUCUUUUUCCUCAAGCCCGCAUCAUCCAUCUUAAUCCCCGGCUCGGGCCCUGUCCUCCGCCCCAAGGGUGUCAGCCUGCACUACGAGGUCGAACUGGGUCUGGUGAUCGGAAAGACCGUACGCGACCUCGAUCCUAACGAUGAAAAAGCGGCACUGGAUGCGAUUCAGAGCAGCAAGUCGCUGACAAAAAAACCCCCAUUGCGGAAAACAGGCUACGUCCUCGCCAUUGAUAUGACAGCUCGCAACGUGCAAGACGAGGCAAAGAAGAAGGGCCUUCCCUGGUCCAUCGCCAAGGGCUUCGACACCUUCCUCCCUAUCUCGCAGGAGAUCGCCAAGUCGCGCAUUCCUAAUCCGCAUGACGCAUUCCUGCGCCUGAGCGUUGGCCAGGACGAGCGCCAGGCGGACUCGACUAGCCUGAUGUUGUACCGCAUUCCGCAGCAGCUUGCGCAGAUCUCGCGCGUGAUGACAUUAGAGAAGGGUGAUAUCGUUCUUACCGGUACGCCAAAGGGUGUUGGACAAGUCAAAGCGGGUGAUGUUAUGAGGGCAUCGAUUGAGGUUGCUGGAAAGGAGAUCGAGGAGGGGCGGAUUGAGGUUGAGGUACAGGACCGCGAGGGACGGUAUGAGUUCAAGGAGACUUAA